AAGGCGCUAGAAACGACGACGUAUAAUUGUUCAUCCUCUUCAUUUGUUCCGUGAGUGUGGCUUUUUCUCUGCUUUUCGCCUUUUCCCUCUAAAAGAAGAAACGCAACGAUGAAGAAAUGAAAGAAACCGCUUCGCUUUUUCCGCCUAUCGAAGAACAACAUCACAAGCGUAAAGUGGAUCUUGAUUCUCCCAUUCGUCUUAAAGCUCAGCCCAUCUUCAUGUUCAAUUCUCACACUAAUUUCUCCCAUACCGCUUUCCAAUGGGUUGUUCUCAAUCCAAGAUCGAAAAUGAAGAAGUGGUUUCUCGAUGUAAGGAUCGUAAGAUGUUCAUGAAAGACGCCGUCACCGCUAGGAAUGCAUUCGCUGCCGCUCAUUCUUCUUAUGCCAUGUCCUUGAAGAACACCGGCGCUGUUUUGAGCGAUUAUGCUCAUGGUGAAGGCCCGCCGGCUCCCUCGUCUCUCCCUGGCUCCGCUGUUGUUCAAUCGGCUGUUGCGGCGGGUUAUAAUAGCUUGCCUCCACCUCCGCCUCCGCUUCCUGGUUCCCCUGGUAUGUCGCUUGAAAUCAAGGCGUCAAAGGUUGAACCGAAGCGUGUGGAGCCGGUUAUUCAGGAGGUAGAUGAGAAUGACUUUGAGAUUGAAUGUUCCGUUGGUCCAUUGCGGAGGAGGAGAAGCAAUAGAGACGGUAGUGGACGUGGCGGUAGAACUGGUCCCGGGGAGCUUGCGGAAGAAGAAAACGGUCCGCCUCUGCCAUUUCCGGCUUCGGGCGAAAGCCGUCGUGUUCCCGUACCGUCGCCUCAGGAUUCGACCUACGAUUAUCUGUUCUCCGUUGAUAAUAUGCCAGCUCCGACGUUGAGCGGGGUCGAGGAUUUUGGUGCUAAUACGGAAACGGUAGAAAGGAGAGCGGCGAUGGAGAAAUCCGGGGAAGAACCGCCGUCGUCUUCGGCGGGGAAAACGUCGAAGAAGAUGAAGCAAGUAGGUUAUCCAGGUUCGAGCGAGGGUAAAAGGAUCGUUAAAGGGAAUAUAAAUCUGCUACAGAUCUUCAUGGAGCUUGAUGAUCAUUUUCUUAAAGCCUCUGAAAGUGCUCACGAUGUUUCGAAGAUGCUUGAAGCAACUCGGCUUCAUUUCCACUCAAAUUUUGCCGAUAAUCGAGGACAUAUCGAUCAUUCUGCUAGAGUGAUGCGUGUUAUAACAUGGAACAGAUCAUUUAGAGGGUUACCCAACAACGAUGAUUUGAAUGAUGAUUUUGAUACAGAGGAAAACGAAACUCAUGCCACUGUAUUGGAUAAAUUGCUCGCUUGGGAGAAGAAACUAUUUGAGGAAGUGAAGGCAGGUGAAAUCAUGAAGUUUGAGUAUCAAAAGAAGGUUGCUGCACUCAACAAACUUAAGAAAAAGGGAUCCAAUUUUGAAGCAAUUGAGAAAGCUAAGGCAACUGUCAGCCAUUUGCACACCAGAUACAUUGUGGAUAUGCAAUCGAUGGACUCCACUGUCUCUGAAAUCAACCGCAUUCGUGAUGAACAAUUGUAUCCUAAACUUGUUCAGCUUAUCAAUGGAAUGGCUAGUAUGUGGGAAACAAUGCAUUUUCACCAUGGAAGCCAAUUGAAGGUUGUGGGUGCUCUUAGAAUGCUGGAUAUCUCUCAAUCGCCAAAGGAAACAAGUGAUCACCACCAUGAACGAACAGUGCAGCUUUGGGCUGUGGUGCAAGAGUGGCAUUCUCAAUUGGAGAAGCUUGUAAACCGUCAAAAAGAUUACAUCAAAGCACUCUCAAAUUGGUUGAGAUUGAAUCUGAUCCCUACUGAAAGCAGCUUGAAGGAGAAGGUUUCUUCUCCUCCAAGGGUUCGCAGCCCUCCAAUUCAAAGCCUCCUUCAUGCUUGGCAAGACCAUCUCGAGAAGCUCCCCGACGAGGUCCUACGAAACACCAUAUUCACUUUUGCAACUGUGAUUCACACCAUUAUGCAAAGCCAGGAGGAAGAGAUGAAGUUGAAGCUAAAAUGUCAGGAGACUGAGAAGGAGCUUGCCCGGAAAAGUAAGCAAUUCAAGGACUGGCAGAAGAAGUAUGUGCAACGGAGAGGUUCCAAUGCCGAUGAAGUGGACAUGGAAGAACCUGGCGACAAAGAUGCCAUUGCAGAGCGGCAAGCUGCAGUGGAGGCCGUGGAGAAGAGGCUGGAGGAGGAAAGGGAAGAACACCAAAAACUAUGCCUCCAUGUGAGGGAAAAGUCUUUGGGAAGCCUAAAAAAUCAGUUGCCAGAGCUUUUCAGGGCAUUGUUCGAGUUUUCUCUUGCUUGUUCACGCAUGUAUAGGCACUUGAAAUCAAUAUCACAGCCAAUACCCAAUGGGUCACAAAAUCAAACAACAACACAAGGAGUUGGAACAGGAACAUGAACACGAACAUGAACAGAGUCAGCAAGUUAAAGGUGCUUUUCUUGAUUCUUCCUGCUGCUUCUUGUUAUAUAAACUUAUACUAAAGUAAUAUAAUACUAUAAAUAUUAUAAUUACAUACAGAACUAUAACGUGGGCUUCAAGUUUGGUACAAAAAAAUGAAGUAAUUGGAGAGAGACGGAUAAAUAAAAACACUUUCUUUCUAAUUUUCUAGUCGCUAUCACUUGAUUUCAACACAAUUCUAACCCACCAACACAGCAAAUCAAGCUGCAGCCUAUUGAAUUUAAAAAACAGAGCCUACCCACAUAUUUCAUCUAUACAUAACUUAAAGUUUUGUGUAUGUAUAUAUUAUAUGAAUUUAUACAAAUAUUUCAAGAGUUAAACUAUGUUGGGUUUUGCUUUUGACGAUCUGGACCGACUAACCCAUUUAUAAUCUCCUUGAUGAAAUCUACAUUUGAAAGAACCUGGGUGAGUCGUCGGCGAGCAAAUACACUUAUAUCCACCGCCACUUUUCUGCUGCCGGACGGCCUCUUCCGCCGCCGCUACAACCGGCCUUCCGUGGCUGGCAAAGCCGAAGGCGGUGGCUCUGUGAAAGGGAUGGGUUGGAUAACACAUUUCUUUUUCUUUCUUUAAGAAGACGGUUUGUAAAUGGCUAAAAAGGGGAGCAAGAGAGGAAGUGUUUGAUUUUUGGAAUUAGUAUGGAAGAAUGAAAUAUGAAUGGAAGGUGCGAGAGUUAUCUAAAAAGAGAGGUAAGGCCUUUCUUGUUGCCAACACUUGGCGAUUUGGCACAUGAAACUUUGGAAUGAUGUGUUGCUGCUGAUUUAGAGGCUUACAUUUUCACCCAA